AUGCCCUCACCUAAGCCCCCAAGCGUUGAGUCGCUUCCACUCCGGUCUAUACAUCCAGAUUCGACAGCGACUGGAAGCCCCCUGGAGCCUCUGCAACCCACACGAGGAAAACGGAAACGCGAAUGCAAAGACGAGAAACUGGACAAGCGACCGCAGGAUUGUUCGCAAGGGGUGGCGGAGUUGCCUCCAUCCAAGGACCUUCUCAAUUGGGAGAAUCUGGAAAAGCUCAAUAGCGAGACAGCAUCGGAGAUAUGUGAGUGGAUGGCAGAAGAAAAGGAAACAGUCUCGCGACGAUCGAGCACGGCAGAGAUGAACCAGGAUACAGCGUCCGUGUCCUCGCAGAAAACAUCUCUCUCGCUUUGCAAUUACCGCCUGAAUUCACUGGACCGUGCUAGAAUAGUCUUUCAGCACCGAUGUAUUCCAGAACACCUCGAGCACAGAGUCAACGCCAUCGUCCAGCCUAAGCUCGAUAAAGAAAGGGAGAAACUCGUUUUCGCGAUUGCAGAUGACCUGUGCAAUGACUUUCCUGACGUCCUGGAGGUCGCGAGUGGAGAAGAUGAUUGCGCCGAAUUGAUAUAUCAGGCACUGGAAGCAAUGAAUCGCCAGCUGUUCGGCAAAGCUUUUGCCUUUCGAAGGAAAGCAGGUCCUAGUGGGACCCCUGCCCUGAAACCUAUGGUUCAACGAAAAUCCUACCGCUCCGGUGCUCCGCACAAGUCUCUCAACGACAUGGGCUUUUCCGAUGACCGCCCGAACAAGCGGCGGCAGGCAGAGACGUCUUACGUUUCGCCAGGGAGUGCCGAGAUAACCAUGCCGCCACCGCCGUCACCUCCGCCAAUGCUUGACAAUAACUGUGUCAAGAACGCUCGCCCGGACAUUACGAUAGGAUUUCUCCACGCCGUCGUCGCCAAGAAAUUGGUGUCGUUGGGCGCCAACAAGCUGGACGCUGAGGAGAUAUUGAAGGACCUGCAGUACGAACAGGAGCUUUUGUCCAGUCCCACCCUUCCCGCACUCCAUAUACGCUUUCCAUCCAUGGUCGUGGAAGGGAAGUCGUACGCGACUGGCAAGAGCAUGUACGAGGCAGAGAACCAGGCCGCUGGGUCCGGAAGCUGCAUGCUCGUCAUGCAGGGCCGGCUCGCCGAGCUCACGGCACGUCGCUCGCCAGGAACCGACCAAGGCAAGAAGGACCCUCUCGCCUCCUCCAUCACCCAUGAAGGCCCCAUCCUCCUGCUCUGGCUACAUUAUACCACGUCGCUGGAAAACGCCUGCUUCUACAACUUGCACGUCCUGAGCGUUUGUCACGCGACGAUCCGGUCCACGACCAGGGAGUUCUUUAGAGCAUUGGCGGGGGUCAUGGGCUGGGCCAGCACCGAGCUUUUGGACGACGUCGCCGCGCAAUUGGUGUUGAUUUGGAAAUCUACACAGACACAGAAGAAGCAGACUGUGUAA